AUGCCGUCCCCAAGAGCGCGGUUAGCGCAGCGACGCGGCUCUAGCGCCGAGGCGGCUCUGCAGGCGGAAGUGGCGCGCCUGGGCGUCCCUGACGGCGUCCUGAAGCGCGGGUUCCUCGUGAAGAAAGGGCAUGUGCUGCCCACGCGCAAGGAGCGGUAUUUUGUACUUGGGCAGCACUCGCUGAGCUACUACAAGCCGACCAAGGAUGGGGACGUAGAGCUCAAGGGGGUGCUGGAGCUCAAGGCCUCUGACGUAAUCUCGCCCAUGCCCCAAUCCGACGUCUGGUUGCGGAUUCGGCAGAUUGAGGGUCCACGGGGGAAGAGCUACAAGCUGGAUCUGAAAGGUUUCUCCUCUUUUGGCUCUUGUGCGUUGUGUGCUGGUCGUGGUGGAGCGACUAAGCGAGGUUUUUGCUGCGGAAAUAGCUUCAAGUUCGCAGGAUCGGCGGGAAUGGAUCGAGUCUCUGCGCAAGGCAUGUCGAGUAAGUAUGGAUAG